GUGUGCCACUGCACCGGGAAGUCUCUCUGUCACUGUGAUGGGGUCAAAGGUCAAAAGGGAGAACCUGGAAGUGCUGGUUACCCUGGAAUGCCUGGAGUGACUGGAUACCCUGGAAUCGAGGGGAAUCCAGGACCACCUGGAGAAAAGGGAAAUCAGGAAAGAAGAGGACCUCCAGGAGUGAAAGGAUCUCAGGGACUUCCAGGAACACCAGGUUUUCCAGGAACUGCAGGUGUGCCGGGUAUCCCUGGACAGGAAGGACCGAUCGGCAGACCAGGAAUCCCAGGAUGCAACGGGACAAAAGGUGAUGCUGGUUAUCCAGGCUUCCCUGGGCUUUCAGGACCAAUUGGCCAACGAGGCAACAUGGGSCCGCGGGGGAUGAAGGGAGACUCGUUGUUCUACCCAGAGCAGCAGCAAAUUAAAGGAGCAACAGGACCUCAAGGACCAUAUGGAGAAACGGGUCUGAGAGGAGAUCCUGGAGAAAUGGGUCAACCAGGACCACCUGGACCUCCUGGACUUUCUGGAAGACCAGGAAUUCAAGGGAUCCAAGGAGAAAAGGGUCAAGAAGGUCCCAGUCCAACCAGCCCUGGUCCACAAGGACAGAAGGGGAAUCGUGGAUCCCCAGGGAUCCCUGGAAAGAAAGGCAUCAAACUGUAUGCUGAAGGACCCAAAGAACUGAAGGGAGAACAGGGGGAUAUCGGUCAGAAAGGUUGCCGUGGAGCUUCUGGUGUGUCGGGGACCCCAGGGUUUAAAGGAGAGAAGGGUGACAGAGGAGAUUAUGGUUCACUGGGUAAACCAGGGAAGAAAGGACUAGAGGGAGAGAUCGGAGAGAAGGGAGACCCUGGGGAUCCUGGAAACCUCGGCCCUGAAGGUAUUGUUGGUACUUUGGGAGAAAAAGGCAGACAAGGUCCUCCAGGUCCUCCAGGAGAGGUCGUCCCCAUUAACAUAUUUAUGAAAGGCCAGCGAGGGGUCCCAGGACCUGUUGGACCCCCAGGUGUCCCUGGAGAGCAAGGAAUCAUUGGUUUUCCAGGACUGAAGGGUGAACAAGGUGUGGCUCCCAGUGGUCUACCCGGUUCCCAGGGACCACCUGGUUCUUCUGGUCCCAGAGGAGAGCCAGGAGAACCUGGACCCUUGAUUACAGGGCCUCCAGGACGAACUGGGGUUCCAGGUGUUGGUGGAGUUGAAGGAGAACCCGGAGAACCAGGAAUACCARACUUUGUGGAAGGAGGAGUUGGUCCUCUAGGAGCUAAAGGUUCAAAAGGUCUGACAGGACCUCCUGGACCGAGAGGGGACAGUGGUCUGAAGGGUCACAAAGGGGAGAUAUGUAGAAACUGCAGAUUUAUUUCUGGCCAACCUGGACCUCCAGGUGAACCCGGGGUUCCUGGUGACCAUGGUGAACCUGGUUCAUGUGGACUGAGAGGACCUGUAGGUGAUAAUGGUCUCAAAGGCCUUGUAGGACCACCUGGCCCACUGGGGGACACUGGUCAGCCUGGCCUGAAGGGACAGCCAGGACCUGCAGGGGAGCUAGGACUCAUGAGGAUGUUGGGACAGAAGGGUGAAGACGGGAAGCCAGGGGCUCCUGGACGUCAAGGUCCUGAAGGAACAGAUGGAGAACCAGGAGAACCAGGACCUAAAGGUGUUUUGGGGCAGAAAGGAAACCCGGGUCCUCCAGGGACAAAAGGUGACAGGGGCUCACCUGGAGAGACUGGUCCCAGAGGCCCCACAGGGCAGAUGGGGCCCACAGGAAGCCUUGGGAUUGGGGUUCCAGGGCCUGAAGGACUCCAAGGAGACACUGGAUUUCUGGGUGAACCAGGAGAACCUGGAAAAAAAGGUGAAAAAGGUGCUCCAGGAGAAAUUAUAGGUUUUCCAGGUGAUCCAGGCCAGAAAGGAAUAAAAGGUUACACUGGAAACCAAGGACCUGAAGGAGAGACGGGACUUGCAGGUUUUCAGGGACUGGCAGGACCAAAGGGAGACAACGGACUUGAUGGAUCAUCUAUUCCAGGUUUCCCAGGCAGUGUGGGGUUAAAGGGAAACAACGGGCCUGCAGGAGAACCAGGGUUUCCCAGUUUUGGGGUCAAAGGUCGAGAGGGCCCGUCAGGACCCCCAGGCACAGUUGGCCUGAAGGGGAACAGGGGGGUCGGUUUAACAGGCAGCCAGGGCCAGCCAGGUUCUCAAGGAGAAGAUGGUUUGGUUGGACCACCAGGACAUCCUGGACCUCCAGGAGUACAAGGAAUUGGUGGACUGAAAGGACAAGUGGGUCUUCCAGGUCUCAAAGGUCACCAUGGUCUGGAUGGUGGCCCUGGUCCUACUGGCCUGAGUGGGGUCUGUGUCUCUGUAGCUCCGGGACCUCAAGGAGUUCAAGGACCCAAAGGUGUCAUCGGAUUCAUAGGAAUCAGGGGAUCCAAAGGUCUGAAGGGAGAUCCUGGCUUCCCAGGGUUCGGAAUCCAAGGGAUUCAGGGACCAAAGGGRAAACAAGGAUUAGAUGGAGCUCCAGGUCCGAUGGGAGACCAGGGACUGAAGGGCCUGAGAGGGAAGGAUGGGGAGCCAGGGAGUCCAGGAUUUAGAGGGGACGUGGGCCCCCCAGGACCACCUGGGAGUCUAGGAUGGAAUGGAGUUAAAGGGGAAGCUGGACAGCCAGGACCAAAAGGUCAGAGRGGUCAGGAUGGGGCCAGGGGCUCUCAGGGGCCCCCAGGCGCUCAGGGGGACCGAGGAGAUCCUGGACCACAAGGGAUCCAGGCAAACAUUAAUGCACCAGGAGGACCUGGAAACCCUGGAGACCAAGGGGCUAUUGGUUGCACAGGACUUAAAGGAGACAGGGGGCUCACAGGACUACUGGGUCCAAAUGGAAGAAAAGGAGAAGCUGGAAACCCAGGACCACAAGGACUUCUGGGAGACCCAGGUAGAGAUGGUGAGAGGGGUCUUCCUGGUUUCACUGGACCCCCUGGUGAUAAAGGACUCAACGGGUGUCCAGGUUAUAAAGGUGAGAAAGGUCCAAAGGGGACAAGUGGAUGUCCUGGUUCAGAUGGAUCACCAGGACAAACAGGAUGUAAAGGUGAAAAAGGAGAACCAAGUCAAGCAGGACCAGGAGCUAAAGGCCCCACUGGAGAAAAGGGACGUCAAGGAUGUCCAGGAAGUCCAGGUCCAAAGGGACAACCAGGAAACCCUGGAAACUUUGGUCCUCCAGGACCAAAAGGACAAUGUGGACCAACAGGACCCACAGGACCACCUGGGAGCAGAGGUCCACCUGGGUGUCCAGGGGAGAAGGGUUUUGAUGGUCUUCCAGGGAACCAAGGCCCUCAAGGAAGUCCUGGAGCUUCAGGACCCAAAGGGCCUCCUGGAAAUCCUGGUUCUCCUGGUCCUAAAGGGAACCAGGGACAGGAUGGGAUUCCUGGACCUCCUGGAGAGAAAGGAAUCAUGGGAGGCCCGCCUGGCUCUAAAGGUCCUCCUGGCCCUCCAGGUUCUGGUCAUAAAGGGGAUAAAGGUGGUAAAGGACCACCAGGUAGUUCAGGACCAAUGGGUCUUUCUGGUGACACUGGUCCACAAGGCAGUCCGGGUCUCUGUGGACAACCAGGUCCUUCUGGACUGAAAGGAACACGAGGACAGUUUGGACUCAGAGGACCAAUUGGUAUGAAGGGGGAACCAGGACAGCCUGGUUUAAUUGGUCCAAAGGGAACUCAAGGACAAUCUGGGAGACAAGGAGAGUCAGGGAGGGACGCAAUUGCUGAUUUGACGUUGGUACGUGGAAACCCUGGUUACGAUGGAGACCUGGGGAGCAGAGGACCCCCCGGCCGCCCAGGGCCCUCUGGAAGACCUGGAGCUCAGGGUCUGAAGGGCGACGYUGGGGAGACGGGUCAGAGAGGAAGUACUGGAGGCAGAGGGCUGAGAGGAGAAAAAGGAAACAAAGGAUCAAUCGGUCUAAAAGGUCAGGAAGGACCGCCAGGUCACCCUGGAGGAAAAGGUGCCCGUGGUCAACCGGGUGAGAUUCCUGUCCCACCAAAGAAAAGUGGCUUCCUGUUCAGCAGACACAGCCAGAACCGCACCAUUCCAAGAUGUCCAAAUGGAUCCUCCUUCAUUUACAGCGGCUAUUCUCUGCUCUUCAUCAACGGCUACAGCCGAGCUCACGGACAGGACCUGGGGACGUUGGGUAGCUGUCUGCAGCGUUUCAGCACCUUGCCCUUCCUGAUCUGUGAGACUACCGGAGAAUGUAAAUAUGCUGAACGCAACGACUACUCCUAUUGGCUGUCCAACAUCGAGCCGCUGCCAGAAAACCUGCUGAGCAGUGCUGAGGAGCAGCUGAAGGCUAAAAUCAGCCGGUGUUGUGUGUGUGAGGCCAAAGCCAACGUGAUUGCUGUCCACAGUCAGAGCAGCUCGACCCCCAGCUGCCCCACCAGGUGGAAAAGUCUUUGGUCUGGAUUCUCCUUCGUAAUGGAAACGGGUUUAGGAGCGGAGGGGUCAGGUCAGCCUUUGGCCUCACCUGGAUCCUGUCUGGAAAAGUUCCAUAAAAYGCCUUUCAUUGAGUGCAAUGGAAGUCCAGGGAACUGCAGACCUGACAGUAGCACCUACAGCUACUGGCUGGCUGCUCUGCAACGUCCCAACAUGUUCAGGAGACCAAGAGGCUGGUUCAAUAGCGGGGACUCACAGGAAAUAACUGACAAAAUCAGCCGCUGUCGAGUCUGCAUGAAGCAGAUCUGAACCCCAGGACCAGCYUCAGCCUCUGACCCAACACUGGGUCUCAACCAGAGGCUCGGAUCUGAUGGACCUAAAGAGUCAGGACCUGAUCCAUGAGGUCCGAGGUCUGUCCCAGCUGCUGAAGAUGAAGCCAGGAUGUGUUCGACUGAUCUGUUUGUUAGAGAGAUGCAUCCUGGGAGUUGUAGUUCAUCUCAUGUCCAUAGCUUGGUUUAGUAAAGGCUAGUCUCUGACUGGGCUGCCACUGCUGGAGAAUCAUCUACAGAACAUCUUGAGAGGCUGCAGAGCUUCAGUUCCUCUCAGAAGCUCACCUCUCUGAAUUUAGAACACGUUUAAAAAAAGGUGCAACAAAUGGACAGAAAGGUCACAGGUGUCUCCAGCCCUUCUCACUUUAGUUUCUGUCAUUCUGGAGCUUCAGUUCUGUCUUCUGUCUGCUGCUGGAGGCUGCAGCCCCGAGUGUCCAGUUAUGGCAUGGUGUGAGGACCAAAAUUAAGACUAUUGCACACCCAGCGGGUUCUACAUCCUUKUAGCAGGAGGAUAUAUCUAUUCUUAAGCAGCUAUUGAWGUGAUUAAUGAUAGACCACCACCGCUAACUGAGAGGCCGGCGCUGGCAAACGAGAAGGAGACUAUUCAUUUGUGUUAGCAUCAGAGAGGCUAGCUACUAACAUGGAUAAGUUGGCAUUAGCAUCGAAGUGGCUAGCGACUAGCAUUGAUACGCUGGGGUUAGCAUUGGAGAGGCUAUCAAUAGCUGGCUUAGAUAUAGCCUUCUGCUGCAAGGAUGUAGCAACUGCUGGUUGUGCAAUAGUCUUUAUUUGGUUCUCAUACCGUGGCAUUUCCCACAGUUCAAAACUCCCAUCUUCUUUUUAAAGAGUAAUUAAACACCAAAUCAACUUGUUUUGCAGAUAAACUGUCAAAGUUGGUCUUUAAGGAUAUUUUAUUUAUAUUUAUGUACAAAUGUUAACAUUUUUGUGUACAUUUGUUUAAUUCUGCAAUAUUUSGUCUAAAACUCUCUCAGUGCUGCCCUCUAUGGGUUGAACGGUGUCUACUACAGUUGAAUUUUCCUAUAGGUUAAAACAGUACAUGCUUACAUCACAGCUCACAGUGCAUUGUGGGACAUGUAGUUCUGAGCUGGGAUAAAAUGAGCUUUAUUUGAUUUAUAUUAUCUUUCCUAGCAGUGGAUAUAUUUAGAACAUAAAUGUGUUUUUCUGUUCAGUCUGAAUCAAUAAAAUCUUUUUAAAGUUGAA